AUUCAAUUGAUUGAAUGAGUAAAUAAGAACAAAAUCUGCAUUUUUUUCCUCCACUUUUUUGUUUGCUGUGCGAAAAUCUUGGAAAUCAAAUCGGCAAAACAAAAAUGUCUUCGAUAGAAAUGUGCCAUCAAUCUGGUUCGACAGCUUCGCCCGUUGAUAGUUCAAAUACCAAUCGCCAUCAUCAUCAUCAUCAACAUCAACAUAAUCAUUCCUCAUUCGACCUCGAAGGUCUUGAAGAGUCUCUGGUUGAUAACAACGAAGAUGAUGAUGAUGAUGAAGAUGAUAAUUUUUUAAUGAUGGAUACAAUGAUCAUUAAUAGUAAUCAUCAUCGUGGAAUGAAUGAUUCGUCAAUCAUUCAACCGCUAACAACGACGACAGCGACGAACGGACCCAUUACCGGAACGUAUUCACCCGGCAUAAUAUUCGAUCAUAAUUUAUAUCUUAUACGUGAAGCAUUAAUACGUGAUUCAAAUAGCCGUACUGAAGAUGAUAUCGAAAUUAUUGUUCGUUUUUUAUCAAUAAUCAAUUCAAAUCAUGAUCAUAUGACCCGUAGGCGAUUAGCACCACAUUUUGUUCUUGCCGAAAUUGAAGCUCGUGAUACUCGUGUAUUAACACAUGGUGAAAAAUUAGAUGCCUACUGUAUUGUUGCUGCUGGAUCAUUACGACAUGUACUUCCAUGUGAUGAUGAUGGCCUAAUAAUACAACAACAAGAUCUACAAGAAACUUCAGUCGAUGAUGACAAUUAUAUGGUGUCGAUGCCCAUGGCGUCAGCUACAUCUACCACAGAUACGACAAACAGUUAUUUACCUCAUCAUCAGCCAAAUAAUCCACAAGUUGAUUCAUCGAAUGUAGCACAAAUAACGACAACUGGAUCAUCGACAUCAAAUCCUAAUCAUCUCCAUCAUCAUAAUCAUCAUCACCAUCAUCAUCAUCAUCAUCAAAAUACUCGUUACCUUCAUGUUGGAGAUGAAUUUGGUGCGCAUCUCGAUGAUCGUGUUGUCUACGGAGAGAUAUUUACAAAUGAAGAUUUUGUCUGGGUUUUAUGCGUACCUCAUGUUAUCUUUGAUCAGAUAUGUGGUGAAAAGACAUUCAAAACGAUACGCGAUGAAGUAACUGGUAAUAUAAUUGAAAUGCGUACUAAUUGUCUGUUGCCACCGCCACCAUCAAUAUCGUCCAGUGUUGCUACUGGUAAUAAUCAACAACAACACCAAUUAACUGAUGAUAUCAAUUCACUUGGAUCGACAAAUUUGACGGCCAGUGAUCUAAGUUUAUCGCAACAAAGUGAUGCCAAUAAGUCAUCACAUUUAGAAUUAUUAACUACGGAAGAUUUUAUUACUGAUAUUGAUGUAACAGGUUCGGUUACAGCGGUGGUAAAAAGUUCAGCUCAUCCUUUAAGCAAUGCAGCCACACUACCACAGCAGCAACCUCCACCUACAACACCACCUGCACCACCGAAAAGUCUUUCCAAGCAACAACAAUCAUCGAAAACAACGAUCGUUGGCGAUACUACAAACGAACUAAUUCGUGCAACUAAAGAACGUCUUUACGAUCUUUUACUCAUGUCUGAUCCAAAUGAAACUUUUAUUGAAGAUUUUCUACUUACGUUUCGAAUUUGGUCAGAAAAAGAUUUGCAUCCAUCAAAAGAUUUUAAAAUUAUGGCCGAUCUGAUGCGACGAAUUUGUUCGUGUAUUCGUUCGAAUAAUCAACUUGUAGAAAAUUGUGUUCGAAUAGUAUUGAUAUGGCUUGUCAAUCAUUAUCAAGAUUUUCAAAAUGAAAAUCGAUAUCUAUUAGAAGAAUUUGAAAAUGCUUUAAAAGAAAAUUCUGUACAUAAAUCACAAUUACGACUUUUUUAUAUGCAUUUAUCGGCCAAAUCACUUGAACGACAAGUUACUGUUACGCGCAGUGAUCGUAAUGCGCCGUUAAUUUUCUCAUUGAUUGGUGGCUAUGAAUGUUCUGCUAGACUUUUUAUCGGUGAAAUAUUGCUCAAUAACAAUAAUAAUGCAAGUCCUAUUCAAUCUCCAUCAUCAUCUACAGCGACUACAGUAUCUAAUAUCGAUCUUAGACCAGGUGACCGUGUCAUAUCAAUCAAUGGUGUUGAUUGUCAUGUGAUGCCUAUUGCAAGAGCAUAUGAACUUUGUCGUUCAUCUACGCAUUUAUCAUUGCAAGUUAAAUAUGAUCCUCAUUUGUUCUAUGCAUUGAUCGAAGGACGUCAUGAAACGAAAAGACAAAUUGUCGAAACAUUUCCUUUAACAAAUCGAUUGUCAACAUCAACAACAACGUCUUCAUCAUCAUCUUCUACAUCUUCAGGAUUCGGUAGUUCAUCGUCAACUUCAUUGUCCAGUCUAAACUCGAAUCAAAACCCAUUGUUGACAACAAUGAAAGAUGUAAAGAAAGAAAAAGAAGGAUGGAAACUUAAAGUUCGAUCCCUUGUAUCAUCAACGACAAAUCAGUUAAUAUCAUCAACAACAAAUAUUUUACAUAAUAAUUCAUCAUCCACAACGAAUAACAAUAACAAUAUUAAUCAAUCGAAUCAUAAUCAAUCAACAAGUUUGUCCUCAAAUUCUAAUACUGGAAAUAGUAAUAGCAACGGUCCUUCUUCAGCAAUACAUCCUCGGAUAUUAUCUUAUGAGAUACCGGAAAUAAUAAAAAUAUAUUCAUUCGAGCAUAAUGAUUGCUGUUUUUUACCAAUACAUUCAUCUACAACUGUUCGAGAAUGUAUACAAUUAGCAUUACGACAAUUUAAAUAUUCAAACAAUUAUUCCAGUCGUGAUUUCGCUUUGUAUGAAUAUUCUGUCAUAUUUAACAAUAAUGGAAACAAUGCAAGUGGUUGUGCUGUUGGUGAUGAAAAUGCUGCUAUAAAUAAUAGUUCAACAGUUGUCAAACGAUUAAAUGAUGGAACGAAUGAUUUGGUCGCAAAUCUUAGCCUAAACUCUCGACUUUAUUUAAAACUUGUCUCACAGCCAAAAGAUUCUAGCCAUGUUGGUGAACCAAUGACCGAUUCAGAUAUUGCCAAAGAGAUUAUCAAAGAUUCAUCGAUCAAUUCCCUUUUAACUUUAAAAGGUUAUGCUAUUGCUCGUGAAUUGACUGCCCGUGAUUUUCGACUGUUUUGCAAGAUUGAAGCUCAACAAUUUGUAUAUGAUUUAGCAUUCAAUGAUCCGAAUUCAAGUAGUUCGAAUCAUAAAAAUAAUGGUGAGCCGAAUAUCAUUUUUGAUCGUACAAAUGAUCUGCAAGAAUUCGAACGAAAAACCAAUGAAGAAAUGUUCUGGACAAUCAAUCAGGUUCUUGGUGAAAAGCGAUCCAUAACAAAACGUGUCAAAGCUAUCAAACAAUUAAUUAGAAUAGCGACAUUAGCUAUGAAAUUGAAUAAUUACAAUACAUUGUUUGCUAUCCUUAGUGGUUUAAUGCAUUUAUCUAUAUCUCGUUUGAAAAGUUGUUGGGAUAAAGUACCAGCAAAACAUCUAAAACAAUUGCAAAAAUUACAACAACUUAUGGAUCCAUCUAGAAAUUUUUACAAUUUUCGUCAACAAUUGAUGCAAAAAUUACGUGACGAUAAAGGUGCAUCGAUAAUCAUUCCAUUUUUUCCUUUGGUCAAAAAAGAUCUAAGUUUCAUUUGGCUUGCCAAUCAAACUUAUAUCACUUCAGCGCCCGAACCACAAACACCAUCAUCACAGGAUUCGAAUAAGUCUAAUCAAGAAACACUAUUAGUGAAUUGGGAAAAAAUGCGUCUUUUAUCCGAAAAGAUUCGUGAAAUACAGAAAAUGGCUAAUACAACUUCUUUGGCUUUAGCUGCCAUUAAUGGGUUGAAUAGUUCGAAUACGGCAGCGUCAUCUGUAUCCAAUUUAGCACAGUCAACCAUUGCUACGAAUGAACCUAUAGAUCCAAAUCUACUAUUUCGAAUAUUUGCUGAUCAAUUAGCAUCACCGGAAAAUAAAUCAUCUUCUGAUCAUAAAAAACUAUGGGAAAAUCAACGUAUGACCAAGCGUGUUCAAUCAUUUCUCGACGAAAGUUUUUCAUCAAUUAGUUCGGAUGAACAUGAACUAAUGUCUCGAUCCUAUUCUUGCGAAUUACCUCAAACACCUACUUCAUCGAGUCAUGCGGCUACGACACGUUCUUCGAUUGCAUCGACAAUGUCAUCAAAUUCACAGCUAUCGCAUCCAUCGCCCACACCAUCAUCUGCUUCUUCAUCCUCAAAUUCAUUGUCAAUGAAUUCAGAUGGCACACCUCAUGGUCCAAAUAAUAAUCAUUCUCUUCUCUAUAGGCCACAUCGGCCUAAAUUUGGCCAAACAUCACCCAAACAACUGCGAAAAUUGUUAGCUCUUUCGGAUGGCGCUGUUAUUGUUCCUCAUAGCUCUAAUCAAACUGGAACUGGAGUCAGUGGACAAAAUAGUGGAAGUGUUGGCCAUCAUCAUCAUCAUAAUAAUAAUAAUCCAAGCACAGCAUCUAAUCACACCAACAAUGCUAGUCACAAUCCUCAUCUUCACCACCACCACCAUCAUCAUCAUCAUUCUCAACUUUCAAAUAAUUCAAUGUAUAAUAGCAGCGGUAACAAUACCAAUAGCCAAAGAAUAUCGAGCCAUCAUCAAUAUCAGCAUGGCUCUUCAUCUAAUCUAAUGGAUAAUAAUGGUGGUGGUAGUAAUAGUACACUAUCAUCAUCGACAUCAUCAAAUUAUUAUUAUGGGGGAUCUCAUCAUAAUCCUUAUAGUUCGACAACAUUAAUGAACAUGCAUCAACAUUAUGGAAACGGUCCGACCAAUUUUCAUGCUCCUCACACUUCGUCAUCGAUUUCAAAUACAAAGACAACACAUCCGAUGGCAAUGAUCAAUUCACCAUAUCCUAAUGGUAUGUGUUGCUCAACAGGAGGAACGGCACCCAUACCGUGUUGUAAUUCAGGAUCAUCAUCAUCAUCAUUGUAUCCAAAUCAACUAUACUGUCCAUGUUGCACUCCCCCACCAAAUAAUUUGAUGCGUCCUUCUAUGAUCAUGAUGAUGCCACCACCACAGACUUCCGGUCUAAUGCAUCCCACCUGUCCAUGUGUGAACAACAAUAGCAAUGGCACAACGCGACAAUCCAGUCGUGGUCGACAAUCGAAUUCACUACCUCCAAAACAAUCGUUACCUGUGGAAUCAUCAUCGGUAACAUCAUUACGACGAUUAGAUCAAUAUUCUAUGUCACGUGGACGUGGACCAUCGGGUAAUGUUUCGCAAUCUUCCAAUUCAUCUUCCACAAACAAACAAUCUGGUCGACGGCCACAAUGUCCAGAUUAUGAUACAACAAUGCAAAGAAUUUGCGGUGGCAGCAGUUCAUUGGUAACUAUAAAUGGAUCAUUGGUUGGACCGAAUGGACCUAAUAGUUCACAAACCUCUAAAUCCACUGGUUCACAACCAACCGUUGCAACGGUCAAACAUCAUCGUCAGGCUAGCCAUCAUCGUGAGGACAUAGUUUGACAAAAACAUAUUUUUCAAACAAAAUAGCUAUACCAAAAAAAAAAAAAAAUUGUCCAAAAUUCUAUUAAUUAUUGCA